AUGAGCGGGCGCUUGCGCCAAAGAGUCACGGAUGAUGACUGGCGUCCCGAGCAGCCCUCAAAACGGAAUCCUGAUAUGGAAACAACCAGUAAUGAAGCCGAUAUUCUGGAACGUCUUUUACAGAAAGAUGGGUUCAAGACAUGGGGCUUUGUUAUCUAUCGCUGCACCUACGCCAACAACCACGACUGGCAAAAAUUCCUAGACCUCUACUAUAGCGAAGCAAAGUCUACGCUAGAGCUGUAUAGAGGUCUUGACCUGCUUGAUGAUUUCGCACCCACGGUUAUUGAGGAUCCUUCUUUCGAAGGCGCGACAACCCGUGAACUGCGUGAGCAUUUCAAGACAUGGGCCCAGGUUGCAGUGUUUCGUGAACAAAAUAUCACUGCUUUACAGGCUUCUGGGUCUUAUUUCAGCACGGGGCGAUACCGCUUUUUUAUUAUGGUGGAUCAAGAGUCAUUGGAGUCUGUGUUGAAUGCGCCAGACAGGAAUAAGGUUGGUAUGGCAUUUGUUCGGUUGGUGAAUGCGGAAUGGGAGCCUCAGGUUCUAGAUGAGGAUGAAAUAGAGGCGCUUGGUGGACCGCCGGAGGAGUUUGAGCCUUUGGAAGGAUGCACACUUGAGGAUGUUGGUUGGAUGAAGAUACCAUUCGACGAACCGGGGGUUAGUGGGUUUGUGCGUAUGCGUGAUCCUAAUCAAUGGGAUCGGUAUUAUUCUCGGCCUCCCAAAAUCCAAUCGUUGACGGGAGGCUGA